GCACCAGCACUCGACUCGAUCCCAUUACUGAUAUAUUCUUCUUCUUGGGUGUGUAGUAGAUCGAGUGAGUAAAGUGAGACGACGAGUCUCGCCUAAACGUCCAACAAAGCUGAAAGCACUUCUCUCUUUAUCCUUUCGUACCUGACGAGGUGUUUAUAAAGCACUGCUCCAAUCCGAACUGCAUCAUUGAUAAAUUUUAUCUUAGAACUUGUUAAAGUGUGAUUUAUUGCAAAUAUUCUGGAAAUUUUGAAGUACACAAUACACGAGAUCACGAUCCACCUCGCUAAUAAAUAAGCUGGGCAAAAUAUUCCAUCAAAAUAAAAUAUCCACUACUUCUCAGAACAGCUCUCUGCACAAUAAAAGUCCAAGCGAAAUCUCACGACCAAGUCUGAAAGAAACUUAACUUUUACUUCACCGGUCGUCGGUCGGUCGGUCGGUCGGUUCCAUCUGCGAGGUGAAGAAAAGCGAGAGAAGAAAGUAAAUCGGAAUCCAAACCAAAUCUCUCCAAGCGUCUUCUUGAUAGUGCAUAAAAUAAAAUAAAGUUGUGGUUUCUUCAGAGUGACGUGCAGUGUGUCAUCUACUACAAACCUAAGCUAAUCAACCUUAAAGAACUAUAUCUGCAAACUUAAAACCGAGGGAUGGAUACCCGGUUCAUCUUUGCGUGACUGCAUUUCAACUCGAGGCAGUCGACAAGAAGUGAGAUAGAAGAUAGAAGCCUGUAACUUUCACUUUAAAUUUACUACGGCCACUCAAUCCGGUCGGAGAGGCUUUCACAAAAUAAUUCAGGAAAGUAUUCCCGUAUUUUGUAAAAGAUACCUCUUCAAAUCAGGAGAGGUUUCAAAGUUUGUUUUGCAUUGAAGCUAAACUUAAUUUUAAAGUAAUGUCGAAAUCUGUUGAGUGUUCGAUUUGCAGUUAUUUUUGUUUUUCUAUCCAAAUUUUCUGAAAAGAAUGGACUGGAAGUAACACGAAGCUGUUGACAUUUUACUAAAGUCACAAACCACUUUCUCUAAGAAAGAAUGCAUUUGAAACGGAAUUUCCCAAAUUGUACGACACAACUUGAUCUACAUCGAGAAGAAGUUCCUGUUUUUUGAGAGUUGUACAUCUUCAAGGAAUGACUAUGCACUCGACUCUACAAAGAAGGCAUACCUGGCCCUUCGAACUGGUUGAGGUAGUUUGUCAAGAAAUUCACACUGACCCAGGACACCCACAUCUUGUCGGCCAUGUGGGCGUGGAAUAUAACAACGAGGAGGAGAAAGUGUUGUACGAUUCACACCUUCAAUCUCACGUCAAUGACAAUCAAUUAAUUCAGUAUGGACGAUGUCACCAUGAAGAAAGUCGAGGAGGCGAUCACCUCCUAAAUCUUCACGACGAGAGGACAAGACUUCUUUCCGAGAUACCAGAAACGGAGGAAAGUGAUGAUAAUGAAAAAGUGUGUUUGGAAGACGGGGGCAAAAAUAAAAAUAAAACUCACAAUGAUUGCACGUGCUCGGGUAAAAGUUCAAAUAACAGUAAUAACCAUGUCCAUGCCGUCUUGGGAGACAACAUAGAUUGCUUUCGCAAAAAUAACGUCGUCUCUAAUUCCAACUGUGUCACAAAAAGUGGAAAUAGUAAAAGUGGUGUCUGUGGUGGUGCCUGCGUCUUUACAAGUCAUCAAAAUAAUGACAGAAAUCAAAAUCCGGAAACUUUCACUCCGAUAAUGGCUCAGUCACCAUCGCGAAGAACGAGUGAAACAGCGGUGUGUCAGGGUUCGAAAGAUUUAAUCCUUGGUUCUAAUCACAGCUCGAAUAAUAAUUCCGCUGAUGGUAAAAUUAGUAAUGUCGAUGAUUCUUCCAAACAUUCGAGCAAAACGCAAGCCCCCAGUGGAUUUCAACCCUUUCAGGACAAAUUUAAUUUCCUCACUAAAAAGAAUCGAGACUCCAAAAAGAAAAAGAUGAAGGAACAACGUGGUGGCGUAUCGAAGGAGAAAGGAAUCGUCGGAGCUGAGCCGUCCUCUUCCUCAUCCGGCGGCACAAGCUCGGCCACCAUCAAACACAAAGAUUUCUGCCCCCACUCUAAAUUUCAGCAGGAAAAACUUCGUUCCACCUCAGGAGGAAGUAAUCCUUCUCGGAAUAAAAAGGAGCCAAAUUCCACAUCUUCCAAUUCUUCCAGUGUCUUCCUCAAGAACAAACCGGCCAAAAAACAGGAGGAGAAAGCAGUAGUUGACCGGACCGGCAGUGGUGGCGGUGACUGUUUUACAAGUACGAGCAGUAACAACAAUUCCCCACAGCAUUCAAGCACUCAUACCAGUGCGGGGAUCAGUUUGGGCAGUAUAGGGACGAGUACGCAGGGCAUGCUGAAUAAAAAUGGGGGUUCGAGCAUCGGGUCGGGCGGAAGUGCAAGUGGGUCCGGCCUCAAGGGCAGUGUUACCGUCGUGACGGCAAACAUAAUCAACUGCAACAGCCAUCAUGAGACUGAAGGGAAGAUUCCGAGUGCAAAUGGCACAGCGACGGGUGCACUUUCACUCCAAGUGAAUAUGGCGAAUGGAGAAGUCAAAAAAACGCUGACAUUAUGGACGAAUUAUUAUCCGGAAGGAGAAUGGGGUUGGAUAAUCAUCAUAUGCGCUUUGUUAGUUCAAGCGAUCAAUCAUGGGUUACAACUUGGCGUGUCGUCUUUAUUGGUGAAGGCUGAUCGCAGGUUUCAUGUGGGAGAACCAGCCCUCUUGGGACUUUUGUCAUCCACCUCGAUUGGAGUUUCGCUAUUUCUCUCGCCAGUAUGGGUGUCAUUCUGUAAAAUGAAAAGUACAAGAUUGUCCGGGGUCUUUGGAGGACUAUUGGUCUCACUGGGAUGCCUUUUCACCUCAUUUUCGUCUCAAUUUCAUCAACUUUUCAUCAGUUAUGGAGCUUUCGUUGGAGUCGGCGUGGGUCUCAGUCGCGACGCCUCAACUUUAAUGGUUGGCCAGUAUUUUAAGCGAAAACGCGAAAUGGUGGAGAUUGUCCUAGUUGCUGGUUCAGGAGUUGGAAUAAUUUUUAUCGGACCUGGAGUUCAUACAGCCAUCACGUCGCUGGGAUGGAUUCUUGGUCUCCAAGUCGUAACUGGGGUAGCACUCGUCACAUUCUUUUUAGGAACUUGCUAUCGAUCUGCUUCUCUUUAUCACCCACAACGUAGAGCUAUUUUACAUUUAAAGAACCAGAAAAAGAAGUCUAUGCAGGUUAAGGACAUAACAAAAAGAGAAGAAAAGCAACCAUUUCUUGACUUUAGCUGUUUACGGAGCAAAACAUUACAGAUACUUUUACUGUCCAGCGCUUUUAUCUCUUUCGGAAUCAAUAGCCCUUUACUCUUGUUGGGCAUGGAUUCCCUAGAAGCGAAAGUGGAUGAGAUUUCAUUCGUUUUACUUCACGUCCAUGUCGGAGCAGCGUGGGUCGUGGGUUGCUGCCUUUUUGGUCUUAUUGCCAUCCAGAAGAACCAAGAGUGUCGAGUUUCCAAGCAGUACCUAUGUCAGGUGGCGAGCGUGAUAUGCGGCAUUUCAAUCAUAGCUUUCACCGCGGUGAAGGGUUACAGUGGAUACGUGGUCUUUUCCUGGGCGUACGGAUUCUUUCUAGGUGGAUACAACUACGCCCUAAAAGUUUACACUUAUGAACGAGUCAGAGCUAGGCAUUUUCCACGAGCGUGGUCCUUUGUCCAGAGUUCGCAAGCCAUACCAAUUUUUAUUGGGACACCGUUAAUCAGUAUUCUGAAUCAAUACUUUGGGAGAAAGUGGGGUUAUUACACAGCAGCAGCAGCCGUGUUUCUAGGAUCUGCCUUUCUCUUUCUGACGGAUGUGAGAAGACGGCGACUUUCUCGCAGAAAAGCAAAUGGCAGCUCGAUGAAAACAUGCAGCACCACAGAUGCGACUCAAACCCCCAAAAUGCGGCGACUUUCUUUCGCCUUUCCAGUCGAGCCGAUAUCACCACAUCAUCCAUCCAAACCUGAAUCUGGUGAUGGGCAAGGAAGUAUUCUUGACCCGGUUUUAAUGUCGAAGGAAUUAACCUGCAUUUCUGAGGAGGGUUUGGGAGAAAUUGAUUUCCAGGACAUUUACUUUGAUGAUUGGGCCGAAUAUCUUGGCGGCGAUUGUAUCACAUCCUGCAACAAAGUAGAAAACUGUCUCCAAUCAGAAUACGACCCCGACUUUUCUCUCUUGUUGGACAAGAGGACACGACGCUGGUCCCGAAAUAGUAUUCCCUUUCCUGGACAAGCAACCUCAGGUGGACCUGCUGCCAGUAGUGGUCUCGCCAAUCUUUCUAGUCAUUCGCAUCUGUUACCCACAACUCCCACGACGGGUUCUCCUAGUGUCAAUGCCACCCAGGAAACGUCCGGGGAGGCUUCUUCUCACAGAAACAUACAGAAAUUCAACAGCACCUUGAGAGAAAUUCCGCUAUUUCGAAACCACCCGUGGGUAAACAGACCUCCUCCUCCGAGAUCAAUCACUGUCAUUGAUGAAGCUUCGGUUUGAAUUAUUUAUAAUCUCGUCAAAUGUAUAAAUAAUACUUUUCUCAACUCAAUGCCCACCACUCAAUCGCCCGUUUUCAUUCAUUCACAGAGGACAAUAAUAACUUUCUUUCUCUGAGAUUUUUAUACGAUAGGAAGAAAAUAAUAUAUACUUCUCAGUUUAAGUAUCUACAAUUUCCCAUAAUUAUUAUAGUAUUAUAUAUGUAUGUACUACGUCUAGUGGAUAGUAGAAACCAGCCAGUGUGAUCUCUGAAAAUGCUUGUGACUGAUUGAUAAUCGAAUUUCUAAAUAUGUAUUGUAGUUAAAGUAUUGAUUUAUCGUCUCAAAAUAAAGUAAUAUAUGUUUAAUGAA